AAGAGCCUGCGCGCCGAGGCCAAACAAAGCCCUCGAGCAGCGACGUGCGCGCCCCUGAAGGUCACCUAGGCGACCAGCUCGGCCAGACCCACAGCGUCUGGCAACCUAGACCAGCAGGGCAGAAGAUGGAAGAACCUCUCAAAGAGGCUCCUCCGGAGUCCUUGGGACCUGAAAGCACAGCCAAGUCCCCAGAUGACAGCAGGACAGACAACCAGGAAGACAACUGGCAGAACCAGCAUGAAGAAGAGGUAGAUGACCAGAAUGAUCACAGAAGGGCUGAGCAGGCUGCCCAAAGAGUGUCUGGACAGACUGACCAUAAAGUAUAUGAACCCACUGGUGGCCAAACAUCUGACCAGGCUGAUCUCAGAACAUACAACCGUGCUGAUGUUGCUCAGGGUGGUGCAUUUGAUCAGGAUGACCAAAGAAUGUAUGAGAAGACAUCUGGCCAAGCCCAUCAUGACAGCCAGAUGUCUCUUCUGCGUGAACAAAGAACUUCCCUACAGAUUGAACGCAGAAGGUCCAGCCAGGCUGAAGGAAGAGCUGAUGGACAGAUUGACCGCAGAAUGUCCAACCAGACUGAAGGAAGUUCUUCUGAGCAGAUUGACAGUAGGGUGUCUAACCAAUCUGACCAAAGAACUUCUGAACAGAUUGACCAUAGAUUGUCUGUCUCAUCAGAACCAAGAGCCUCUGGACAGAUUGACCACAGAAUGUCCAGCCAAGCUGAGCGAAGAACUUCUGAACAGAUUGACAGCAGAUUGUGUGGCCUGGUUAAACGAAGAACUUCUGAACCGAUUGGCUAUAUACCGUCUAACCAAGUUGACUCCAGAACAUCUAUAAAGACUCACCACGAGGUAUGCGAGGAAGCUAUUGAACUAGCUGAACAGCAAACUGCUGACCAGGCUGAAAGUAACGCUGAUCACCUUACAGUGGACAAGACUGACUCCAGUGACUAUUACAAGGUUGACCACUUAAUGGAUGAAGAGAAUUACCCCAGAGAAGACUAUCUGGCUGACUAUGGAGCACCUGGCCAGUAUGAUGACAGAAUAUUUAUGCAAUCUGGUGACAAUAAGGAGUCCAAAGAAGCUGAAUUCAGAGUAGAACCCUGCAAAUUUGAGGCCAGAGGAAUAGACCAGGACAGUUCCCCAGUUUCAACUGAAACUGACACAGAAAGUGUAACCGAUCUGCAAGCAUUUGACUCAUUUAAUACCAGAUGCACCAGUAACUUCCAAGCAAAAGACCAAGCCUAUUCCCAGAGAUUUCCCUGUAUCUCAUCCAGGCUGGACUAUACCAUCGGUCAAGAAAAAACUAAAGCCAUAGAAACCAAGCCUGGUAUAUUUCUAUUGCAGGAUGAUAUUCCAGAAUAUCAAGAAGGAAAGAGGCCUCUUGGAUACAGUCAGACUUCUAGGAGACAAUUCCCUCCUAUCGUAUACGAAGAUCCUUAUCAAGUUGCACUACGAUACAUGGAGAAACACCACAUUCUGCAAAUAUUCCAGCAGAUCACUGAAAACUUAGUCUAUGAAAAGCCAGAGGACCCCCUGAGUUUUAUGCUGUACCAGGAUUUCAGCUCCAUCAUCUCAACUCAAGGGUCUGCAGGGUUCCUGUUGGGUUCUCUUUUCCUACACACUAAGGCCAGGAAAUUUUCUGAAAACUGUAAGGUACAGGAAAUGAUAGAAAACAGAGACAAAUGUGAAACCUACAAAGAAUGAAUUUCUCCUCAACAUUGUUUACAACCCUCAGUAUCUACACUAUGUUCUGUUUCUCACUCUGAAAAAUGAUUUUUGAAUGGUCAUUGGUGGUGAUUCUGCCUAAAUAUGUUCUUAAUUUUUAAGUAAAAUCUAUAAGCUGUCCACUUCAAAAAUUCACAUAAGUUACAGAUACCUCAGGCUAAUCAUGCAAAAUAUAUACAUGUAAUACUUAUCCAUGCAUUGAUAUUUCAAUACUCAUUCCUCUAAAGCACUGCAUAAUAACAAGUUCACAAAUCCCAAAGAAAAUCAAAAAAAGAAUAUUAGCAAUUUAUAUGUAGUUCUCAUAAAGCAUACAAAUCUAUCAUGUCUCCAAACUGUGUAUAAAAUUUUCAAUCAGAAAAUGUGUGGAAAAUAAUUUUUAGCAGCACUUUUUUUCUCUCUUCAUGGAAGGUGAUUGUUGUAAUCUCUUUUUUCUUGUUUCUUAAUACCUCCAACAUAUUUUUACUAUUUUCCUAUUUGACCCCGCCUGUUACUUUCUGCCAUUAGUGGAUGUGAUUUAAUCUAAUCCUAGGGAUACCUCUCUUCUGAUUUUUAACCUACAGCAAAAUUCAAACAUGUUAUACUACUAUGUGCAUACCUAUGGGAGAGGCAGAAUCACACUUCCUCAUUACCUUUAUCCCCUGAAGAGUAUCCACAUUGCAUGGAAUGUGUAACCAGUAGAACUGGUAUUUAAAUGCAAAAGGUCUUGAUAUAGUCUGGUAUGAGAGGACCUGCCCAGCAUUCAUAACUGAGAUGAUCAUCUACUAUUAUUUUUGUAAGCUGAACCUGUUGUUUAAUUUCUGUUUCAACAUUAAAGAAUUGAUUCUUUAGACUGUUUAA